UUUGGAUUGUUAGUGCAAUAAGUCAAAUGACUUUUAAGUUUUACAUUUUUGCUAACUAGAAAUAUAGAAAUUUGCGAACAGUUUGCAUUUAAGGAAUUUAAAUUAAAAUGCCUUCUUAUAAAGUCAAAGUAAAAUGGGGACGGGAAGUCUUUCCGGAUAUUGAAGUGAACACCGAUGAAGAACCAUUAUUAUUUAAAGCUCAGUUAUUUGCGUUAACAGGAGUGCAUCCUGACCGUCAAAAAGUAAUGUGUAAAGGUGGCAUUCUGAAGGAUGGGGAAUGGAAUCUUCAAUUAAAGGAUGGGGCGACGGUUUUACUGUUAGGCACAAAAGAACAAGUUCCAGAAGAACCAGUAACUCCAGUAAAAUUUAUAGAAGAUAUGAAUGAGGCGGAAAUGGCAACCGCUAUGGAUCUACCUGCUGGUCUUACGAAUUUAGGAAAUACAUGUUACAUGAACGCAACUGUACAAUGUCUGCAUGCUGUGCCCGAGCUGCGUGCGGCUCUUGAUAAAUACAGAGUUGACAAUGAUGACGCGGGCUCAAUGUCUUCUGCUAUGACUUCAGCUAUGAAAUUUUUAUUCAAACAAAUGGAACGUGGGAGUACAGUGACACCUAUAAUUUUAUUGCAAACGUUGCAUCGUGCAUCACCCCAAUUUUCUCAAGUAGGAGAGAAUGGAACCUAUCGCCAGCAAGACGCUAACGAAUGUUGGUCUGAAUUGCUUAAAAUGUUGCAACAGAAAAUUCCGGCUUUCAAUGAUAAAGCAAAUGAAGGAAAUAACGUAAAAAAAUAUAAUUCAUUUAUAGAACAAUAUUUUGGAGGAUCCUUUGAAGUUAAAAUGAGUUGUACUGAAGCUGAAGACGAGGAACCAACUACAGCUAGAGAGAAUUUUCUACAACUUAGUUGCUUCAUUUCAACGGAAGUAAAGUAUAUGCAUAGCGGUUUGAAAUCGAAAAUGAAGGAACAGUUGGUAAAACGGUCAGAAACAUUGGGUCGAGAUGCUAAUUAUAUAAGAACGUCUCUUAUAAGUCGCCUCCCCGCAUAUUUAACAAUACAGUUUGUUCGUUUUCAAUACAAGGGUAAAGAGGGAAUUAACGCUAAGGUUCUGAAAGACAUAAAGUUUCCAUUAGAGUUUGAUGCAUUUGAACUAUGUACACCGGAACUACAAAAUAAACUGUGCCCAAUGCGUGCCAAGUUUAAAGAAGCUGAAGAUAAAAAUUUGGAAAGCAACAUUAAAGCGAUCGCAACUGAAGACAAGAGCUCCACUACAGAAAUGGGAAAAGAUGUGGAAACUGAAGACUAUUCGUUUGAAAAUGAUCCGGGCAGUAACAACUCUGGAUUCUACACACUGCAGGCUGUUCUGACGCAUAAGGGACGAUCCAGUUCAUCGGGACACUAUGUAGGUUGGGUAAAGCACACCGGUGACAUUUGGUUCAAAUUCGACGACGAUGUGGUAACAUCUGUAACUACUGAGGAUAUAUUACGUCUCUCAGGUGGUGGAGAUUGGCAUUGUGCCUAUGUUCUUUUAUAUGGACCAAAAUUGCUAAAGAAACAAUGUAAUUAAUGAAAUAAAUUAAUUGAGAAACUGCGAUAGAUUCCCA